CCCAGCGGCUCGGGCUGACCGGACGGGGCGGGCGCCUGGGACAGCCUCGCGCGGUACCUCCCGGCCCGCGCGCGCAGCCGGCGAGGGACGUUCGGUCGGGGGUCGCGGCCGCUCCAGCGAGAUCCCCUCCGUGCUGGCGGGAGCGCGGCCGCCUAGUGGCCACCUAGUGCUGGUCCGCGAAGAUGAGCACCUGCGGGAGGAAGGCCCUGACCCUGCUGAGCAGCGUCUUUGCCGUCUGCGGCCUGGGCCUCCUGGGCAUAGCGGUCAGCACCGACUACUGGCUGUACCUGGAGGAGGGCGUGGUCCUGCCUCAGAACCAGAGCACGGAGAUCAGGAUGUCCCUGCACUCAGGCCUCUGGCGGGUCUGCUUCCUUGCAGGUGAGGAGCGGGGACGCUGCUUCACCAUAGAAUACGUGAUGCCCAUGAACUCCCAGCUGACGUCCGAGUCCACGGUCAAUGUUCUAAAGAUGAUUCGCUCAGCCACACCGUUCCCGCUGGUCAGCCUCUUCUUCAUGUUCAUUGGCUUUAUCCUGAGCAACAUUGGACACAUCCGCCCCCACAGGACGAUACUGGCCUUCGUCUCCGGCAUCUUCUUUAUCCUCUCCGGCCUCUCUCUCGUGGUGGGCCUCGUGCUGUACAUCUCCAGCAUCAACGAUGAGGUGCUCAACAGGACCAAGGACCCAGAGACCUAUUUCAACUACAAAUAUGGGUGGUCGUUUGCCUUCGCUGCCAUCUCUUUCCUUUUAACAGAGAGUGCCGGCGUGAUGUCCGUGUACCUGUUCAUGAAGAGGUACACCGCCGAGGACAUGUACAGGCCCCACCCUGGCUUCUACCGCCCUCGGCUGAGCAACUGCUCCGACUACUCGGGCCAGUUCCUGCACCCGGACGCCUGGGUCCGCGGCCGCAGCCCCUCGGACAUCUCCAGCGACGCCUCCCUGCAGAUGAACAGCAACUACCCGGCCUUGCUCAAGUGCCCCGACUACGACCAGAUGUCGUCUUCGCCCUGCUGAGCCUCGGCCGCCUCCCGCCCUGGACUGUUCUCCCGGGCCUGCCCCGAGCCCCAUGCCUGUGGCCCAGGGCCCCAGCUGCGGGGACCCGUGCUUGUCACCCGCCCCACGGCCCCUCCCGCUGCUCCUGCUGCCGGGUUGGGGUCGUGGGAGCCUGGGGCGGGCGGGCGAGCUGAUUGGCUGAGAGCACGGGUGAAGCCCCACCCCUGGAGUGCCAAUCACCGCAGCGGCUCCAGGAAGCCAGCAGCUGUCCCCUGCCCCUGUGACCCGCUGUAUAUUGUUCCCGCGCUCCCAGCUUCCUGGCCCCAGGCCAAGGCCAGCUCUGAGAUGCCCAGUUCCUUACACGGACGCAGCAGGACUCGUGCACUUGCCACCUGGCCUGGCCCUCUCGUUCGUGAUCUGCGCCAUCGGGCCAAAGGGUGACUCUGACGUGGAGGUCUGGGCUGGCUCAAAAAACGUCAAGCAAGCAGUGUUCCUUCUGAAAUCCUUUAUCCUUUUUCUGCCACCCACGUCCCUCCCUACAGCACACCUGCCCGUGCUCUUGCCCUCUCCAGUGGGGCUGUGAACCCUUCCCCCUCUCUUCCCAGUGGCCCUGGGCCCUGGGCCCCAAGGGGUUAAGGGUGGACUGAGGCCACAGUGAUAAAGUCACAGAGGUGUUAAUGGCUGCAGCUGUCUUAAUAGCAUGGCCCUUUGGUUACAUAUAUGAUAGGGUCCUUUAAUGCCUUAACCCAAAGAAGUGAUUCUGACAACGAGACUUUUAGAAUUGGGCUGGUCUGAGUUUGCAUUCCCAAGCACUGUUUCUGUCCCUGCUUGCAAGGGAGGUGUUUCCAGACCAAGGCCCUACUGAAAUCUAAUGAUGUAGACAGAUGUCUAUACCACCUAAGAGGAAGGCAGCUUUCAAAGAGGCUGGCUGGGAUUUGGAGCUGGGUUUGAUGACACCUGGUGCAUCUUGAGUCUAAACAAGGCAGUCUUGGAGGGAUUCAGCUGCUCUCCUGAGGUUGCCUGUGAACAUUUGGGAGUUACCAACUUAAUCCCAAUACAUGGUAGUGUCUACUCCCUGGGUAUGGGACAUAUGCAGGCAAAUCAGAUGCCUCCAGAAGACCAGGCAGCGUGACACCUAUUUGCCUGGGGGGGAAACCUGAGCUGGGGAGGUCGGAAUCGCCUUCCAUGAAGACCACCGGAGGAGAAUAGUGGGGGAGCCACGGCGAACCGUGACCAUGACCCCAGUGGUUCUCCAGGUAUCAGCUCAACUUGUACAUUUUUGAUUUUGAGAUGUUGAGUAGCAAAGCCAUGCUGUGUUCUCUUGGCUGCGUAUUUUUGCUGUGCCAGCUUUUCUUUUGCUGUCUUUAAGACCCCAUUAGGUUCAGCGCUUCUCAGCCUCUUGGCUAAGGUCAAGUGUGAGACCCCAUUAGGUUCCGAGUGGGCAACACAUGGGCUCUGGCAUGUGGUACCGAAAGCUGCACAUCUGGUGUGUGCGGCCUUCGGAGGAGGGGUGCAUGAUCAGCUCGGGGUGCCGUAACCAGCUACCACAGACCCAGUGGCUAAAACAACAGAAAUUAGUUUUCUCACAGCUCUGAGGACCAAAGUCCACGAUCAAGGUGUUGGCAGGAUUGGUGUCUCCUGAGGCCACUGUCCUUGGCUUGCAGGUGGCUGUCUUCUUGCUACGCCCUCACAUAGUCCUUAUGCCCCCACACCCUGACGUCUCUUAGCCUGUCCGAAUCCUCUUCUAGUGAGGAUACCAGUUCAUUGCACUGGGGCCCACCCAAUUAAUCAGGUGAUUCAUUUUAAUUUAAUCACUCUUUAAAGGCUCUGUCUCCAAAUCCACUCACAUUCUGAGGCACUAGCAGGGGUCCUCAAACUAUGGCCCGCAGGCCACACGCGACCUGCUGAGGACAUUCAUCCGGCCCGCCGGGUGUUUUUGCCGCCACUGCCUGUCCUGCUUAGCAGCCGACUCAUCCCGGGCCCACAGUGC